CCGUCCUGGGCAACGGCUCGAGCGUCGUGAUGUUCUGGCGGAGGCUGCGUCAUCUCACGCCGGCCGAGAUGCUGCUCCUCAACAUGGCCGUCAUCCACUUAUUUCUGGCCGUCGCCUCGUACCCUGCGGCCAUGGCGGCUUCCUUCUCCCACCGCUGGCUCUUCGGCGAUCUGGGCUGUGCGAUGUACGGGUUUACAUGUUAUUUUGUUGGUAUAGCAACGAUCACCUCCCUCUUGGCACUGGCCGUCGUGCGCUAUAUGAAGACCUGCAUGCACCCGUACGGUCGAUCUCUGAGUGCGGAUCACAUCAAAAUUAUUCUUAUCGGCAUCUAUCUCUAUUCCCUCUUCUGGGCCCUUCUUCCCCUCACCUCCAUCGGCAGCUACGAGGUGGAACCCUUUGGAACUUCGUGCACCCUCAAUUGGGCCGACCCUUCCAAUGCGGGUCGUCUGUACAUCAUAGCCGCCGUGCUCGUAGUUGUGAUCAUCCCCUGCUUGGUGAUCAUCUGGUGUUACGUCAAGAUCUUUCUGCUGGUGAGGAGGAACCAGAAGAAGAAGAUGAUGCUUGGGAAAAGAUCGGGAGCGAGUCAGCCUUCGCAGCUACAGAUGUCCUUGGUGUCGUGCUUAGUGUGUCUGGGAUUCAUCUUGGCGUGGAUUCCUUACGCCGUUGUCUCUAUCUACUUCGGGCUGGGAGGCCACCCUGCGCCCCCCUACGUGGCCAUUAUCCCUGUCCUGCUGGCCAAGUCUUCCUGCGCCUAUAACCCCAUUAUUUACAUCUUCGUCACGCCCAGAUACAGGUCCGAGAUACUGGACGUAGUGCGGAAUUGUUGUAGUCUUUUGUGCUGCACGGAUCCGAACCCUUCGCAAGACAAAGCAUCAGGAGACGUGAGGCUGCAGGUCGUCGGAGUCGAGGCCAAGGAUUCGGCGGACUUUCAGCAAAGGCACAUCCCCAUGAUCUCCCAAGCCCCGGGAACGCACACGUCCUCCGUCGAAGAAAACUCCGAGACACCUAGCGUUUGUUCCGAAGCCCUCCUCCCCGACGGACAAAAGCCCUCGGAGGCGUCCACCCUGCAGGACCCGCCGCAGGACCUUCCCAAUGGCCAUUCUUCCACCAUAGACCCAAAGGAAGCGAAAAGUCCUGAGAAGGACCUUCCCAAAGAGGAAGCUCAAGACGGGAGAAAGGAUAGGAAUUCUUCGGAUUUGUCUGCCGCGAGAGAGAGCAUCAUGAGCCAAGCCGAAUGCAUGCUGUCGACAACGGCUGUGAGACCGCCUACAAGGGAGGGCCAAGCCACGACUCACUCUGUCUACACAACAGCCAUGUCUGGUCCACGAGUCAAUUCAGUCGAACUCCCGUCAACGAUGAAAUCUGACCUGCUUGCAGCCUCUCUUCCGGCUUCUGAGUCAGCGACCGGUGGGAUCUCGCCCUCCACCGUCGAGUCUCAGGGUACAGCUAUCUCUAACACGCCUUCUGCCCACCUGGAGUCUCCCGUGAUACCCCAGACAGGAUCUCCAUCUGCGCCAACCCAGAACUCUUCCUUAAUCCGGCCAACGCGCCCUACAGUCCUUCCGCUCUAGGGCCCUGUUCCAAAAACGCUUGAAGACUUCCCCUUCUCUACUGUUAAAGCUACUGUUGCCAUUAUCUGUCAGCCUUUGUUGUCAUGCUCUGUGAUGUUGGAAAUUCCCCUUUCCCUUCUCCCUCCCCUUUUCCUCCCCACGAGUACCUAAGCUGUAAUCGAAAUGUGGACUCAAUAAGAUUAAAAACAAUAUAUUUUUUUUCCUUUUUUAUAGUACACUAGUUGUCCAUAUCUGCUUUAUAGGAACGUCCUCUUUCAUAUCAAUGUUAGAAAAAAAUAGUAACUAUAACAAUAAACUGAAAUAUUAAUAGGCAAUACUAUCAAACUGAUAUAUCACUUUAUAGGAACUGUAGACUGGAAAAGUUACACUGAAGAAAUCUUUCUCGCGACUUGACUUGGUUUUGGAUUAAAUGAAGCUUGAGACGUUAAGUUCCCCACUGCGCACAAAACUUGACGAGACAGUGUGAAUCUCCCUCCACCUCAGUACAAAACGAUUCCCAUCUUCUUUCUUCUCAAACUGUGUGGUUUGUUUCCUCGUGUUUUAUCAUUUGUAAAGCUGUUGACGCGGCAGAUACUUUUAAACAAUCAAUCAGUCAAUCCCUGCCAACUGUGUCAUAUCUUAAAGUGAUUGCAAAUGAUACUGCCUACCUAGUAAAUGAUAUUCUCACAAUUCCUGCAAAACUACUGCUUAUCAACAUACGAACUAGUUUAUAUAUCCACCUAAAGAGUGCUUUAUCGUUAAUUUUAUGCCCAUUGGUUAGAAAAUAAAUAUCACCCCCAUUUAGGAGUGGAAAAUGCCCACUUGUAUUGCUCAUGUUUGAAGACCCCUGAUCUAGUGAAUCAAGUAUUACCACAUCAUGUCGUCUUCACCUCAGUCCCGUCACAUCAAGGUAUGUCUUCCUCAGUGUCAAUCAUAAUCAGUCUUCCCUUGACGUCAUGGUAUGAUGUUCUUAAGUCUCACCGUCAUGGUAUGUCCUUCCCUUGUGUCACACCAUACCAUGUUCUGCCCUUGUGUCCUAUCGUGGCAUGGUUUCCCCUUAGACUCUAUAAUGGUAAGCGAGUCAAAUUGUUCUUAAUGAUACUAGGUGCCGAACUGAAAAGUGUGUCCCAUGCACAUUAUAACAUUCCUACGUGUUCUGCGCAUGUUCGCAAAUCGGCUACACAAAGCUCCCAUGACUUAUAAUGUGACUGUGCAAACUUACGGAUACAAUAAUUAUGGUUUUAACCCUCUGACCACUAAGUUGGUAGAGUCUUUCACAAUUAAAAAAGCUUGCCAAGAAUGUUUCUAGUCAAAACAUAUCCUUGCGAAAAUCGUCUAGUGACAGCACAGGCUAGAAAAAGGGAACUUAAGAUGUGCAGAUUGGCACCAUAACACAACUUCAAGCUGGUGUUCACAGAUACAAUAUUACGUAGACAUAACACCAUUAAAGGUCUGACUACUUACACAAAAGGGAAAUCACGAAGAGCAUAGAUUUAUUCUAUAUUCCGAUAUAGUGUUGAAAAUAUUUUGAUAUUUCACCCGCGUCCGGUGUUUUCCUUCCUUUGCAAUAAAAAUCCCAGCAAUUCCCACAAAAUUGCAGCAACUGCCUGUCUUCUUUGCAAUAAUAUGUCCUGGAAGUGAAACUGUGUCAUAUGCUUUGCAACCUUGAAUAUGGCUAUAUAUCACAACUUGGAGAAUGGCUCACUUCAUCUCAGCAAAAUGAGUGUGAUUCUUCCCUAAUCCAAUCAGAGAGACAGAGUGAGUGAGUGCGAGAGAGAGAGAGAGGAGAGAG